UGCAGCCGUGGGCUACAAAUGAGCUCAGGGUUGGCCCUCAGCGGGGAGCCCGGUCGGCUUCACAGCUUCCGAUCCGGAGUUUUCUCACCUAAUGAGACGCGCUCAGAAACCCGCUGAUAGGAGAGGAGACAAAGGAGCCGCAAACGGGGAGGAGAAGAAGAUUCAGAAGGCAAACAGUGCUGAAAAAGAGCCCAGCUCACGUGUUGGAGCGGAUUUUACGCAGCGCUUUUACGCACGCUUCUCUCAUUGCUGCUCCUUGGUGGAGUUUUUUGAUCCAGGGGAGCUAGGUCGGUCAUGUAAGCACCCGUCUCUCCGAAGUUCAGGACGCUGAUUGACCCCAGGGGCCGGCGCUUUCUCUCCGCAGAGGCUUGCUUUGAAAAUGGAGCGUGUGCCUUUAAGGCGCCCUACUGCCUGUCGCUUUGUGCUGCGGAGAGACUGACGCCCUCUGGACACAGUGGACACUGGAGCGGCGGCGGAUAACCAUCCUGGAGGAGUUCAAAGAGAAAACAACCUCAGUCUCUUCUAAAAGGACAAACUGAAAACAUAAUAACUGCGUUCAGGUGUUUUUCAGUCGUGUGCUGGUGAGACCGUCAGGAUGAGGUCCGCUCAGCUGAUCCUCCCCGCCAUGGCAGCUCUGCUCUUCCUCUUUGCAGGACUCUCUCUGACCUCCGGCUGUAACAAAGCCCUCUGCGCCAGCGACGUCAGCAAGUGCCUCAUCCAGGAGCUGUGCCAGUGCCGACCUUCUGAUGGGAACUGCUCCUGCUGUAAAGACUGCAUGCUGUGUCUGGGGAACCUCUGGGAGGAGUGUUGUGACUGCGUCGGGAUGUGUAACCCCAAGAACUACAGCGACUCUCCUGCCACAUCCAAAAGCACGGUGGAGGAGCUUCACCGCCCGAUCCCCUCGCUGUUCCGCGCCCUGACGGAGGGCGACGCGCCCAUCAACAUGAUGGUGGUGUCCUUCCCUGUAGCGGAGGAGUUCACGCACCACGAGAACCUGGUUUCCUUCCUGGAGUCGCUCAACAGCCAACCUCAGAACGUGUCGGUGCCGGGAAACAGUAUCCACACCAGCAUCGAUCCUCACGAGAAAAUGUGCACGGUGGUUUACUUUGAUGACUGCGUGUCCAUUCGUCAGUGCAAGCAGUACUGUGAGUCAAUGGGAGGAUCAAAGUACCGCUGGUUUCACAAUGCCUGCUGCCAGUGCAUUGGUCCGGAGUGCCUGGACUAUGGCAGCAAGGCUGUGAAGUGCUUGAACUGUCUCUUCUGACCUGACCUGACCCAAACCAAUUUGAUCUCUGGGCACAUGUUGGUAACAAAUGUCUGGUCCGUACCAGAGGACUGAGGGAAGAGAAACCCAUGACUGUUAUAUGUUAGUAUUCCUCAGUAACCAUGAAAAAUAAACCUCUGCCUCUUCCUCCCUCUCCUACCCCUGCAAAUUGUUUUUAUUCUGCUGUUACUGUAUAUUUUUAGAUGUGUCUUCCAUAGUGUUUUUUACUAGGUGUAUAUGAAUAAUGUAUUUUUGCAAUUAUUGUCAGCAAAAUACCAGUCUUGUACCAAAUAAAGAAAAGAUUUGGUGACUUAA